GGUUGCACAAUAAGCUUUGCUUGAUUACCCCUUCUAACAAUGUAACUUGUACAUAACUUUAAUAAUUGACAUACAUUUCUAUUAAUUGACCAAGUACGUACUAACCAAUUUUAUUUUUUAAUCUUUUGGUGCAUAUUCCUCAGUCAAGGUUAUUAACCUACUCAAUGCUACUUAACAACAACUACAAUUACAAGUACCCAAAGAAAGAUGAAUAUCAACUCAACUGCACCUCAAGUAACAUGAACAUAACAUGUCCAUCAAACUACCCUCUUACAACAUACGAUCUCAAUUUCGAAUCCAACGAAACAUGCCCCGAGUACUUUAGAUGGAUACACGAAGACUUGAAAAUAUGGAAGGAGAAUGGUAUUACAAGAGAAAUGGUGGAGAGUUUGCAAGAAAAUGGUACACAUUUUAGAUUGGUUAUUGUGAAUGGAAUAGCUUAUGUUAAACAAUAUGAUAAGGCUUACCAAACAAGGGAUACUUAUACAUUAUGGGGCAUAUUGCAACUCCUUAAGUUGUACCCUGGUAGACUACCUAACCUUGAUUUGGUGUUCCAAUGUCAUGAUCUAACAUCCAUCAAAAAAGACGAUUAUAAAGGAACAAAGGCCGCCUUUGCACCUCCACAAUUUCAUUAUUGUGGGGAUGAUUCUACGUAUGAUAUUGUCUUCCCUGAUUGGUCUUUUUGGGGCUGGCCGGAAAUUAAUAUAAAGCCAUGGGUGCCCUUGUUGAAGGAUAUCAAAGAAGGCAACCUUGUGAAAAAUUGGACUUCUAGGGAGGCCUAUGCUUAUUGGAAAGGAAAUGUGUAUAUCGGUCCAAGACGCGAGCUUAAGAAAUGUAAUUCCACAAAUGAUUGGAAUGUUGUAAUUGUCAAACAGGAUUGGCGCAAAGAAGAAGAGGAUGGGUUUAGGAAUUCUAAUUUGUCAAAGCAAUGUAAUCAUAGAUACAAGAUAUAUAUGGAAGGAUAUUCAUGGUCAGUGAGUGAAAAAUACAUUCUAGCUUGUGAUUCCAUGACCAUUUUGAUAAACCCCAAAUAUUAUGAAUUUUUUACAAGAAGCUUAAUUCCUAUGGUGCAUUAUUGGCCUGCAAACCCUGAUAACUUGUGUCAUUCUAUCAAAUUUGCGGUUGAUUGGGGCAAUAAAAACACUUACAAGGCUCAAGAGAUUGGCAAAGCAGGAAGCAAAUUCAUAUUCAAUCAAAUAAAAAUGGAAAAUGUGUAUGAUUACAUGUUUCAUUUGUUGAAUGAAUAUGCAAAACUACUAAAGUACAGGCCCACUAUACCUGAAGGGGCCAUUGAGUUAUGCUCCGAGAAAUUCGCAUGCAGCCUAAUGGGCUUGGAGACUACUUUUAAAAAGGAGGCUAUGGUUAAUGGGCCUUCGAAACAUGGCCCAUGUAAACUUCCCCCACCUUAUGAUCCAAACACACUACAAGCUAUUGUUGAUCGAAAUGCCAAGAUCAAACAAGUUGUUGAGAUGUGGGAAAAGGGAAGUGCCUAGUAUAUCAUAAUUUCAUACUUGAGACAAUGUGUGUUUUCAAUUUUAGACUAAAAUGUGAAAAUGUGGUUAUCAUGUCAUAUAAAGUGUUAAUGCAUUUCUGAUGUUGAUUCAGAAUACCAAUCUAUUUCUAUUGAAUAUUACUAAAACAAAAUAUGUUGACAUCAUCAAAGGACACUUGUCGACUUUUUAUGAAAUUUUUUCUCGCCAAAGCUAUUUUUGACAUCAUCAUCUAUUUUCCUAUUUUUUUUUUCUUCCUAAAACAAAACAUGUUGACAUCAUCAAAGGACACUUGUCGACUUUUUAUGAAAUUUUUUCUCGCCAAACCUAUUUUUGACGUCAUCAUCUAUUUUCCUAUUUUUUUUUUCUUCCUAAACAACUACAAUAUUUCUGUCAAAACUAAUUAAUGAGUUAUUACACAUUUUUGAAUACAAAUAUUGACAACUAUUUCAAACAAGUAAUAUCUAUUUAAGCCGUGCAACACACGGAAUAAAACUAGUGCACUAAUAAUUGUCAAUAUUUGAAAUAUCGUGUUACAACAAAUCUCUUCUUACAAUAUACACAUAA